GUCGAGAGGAUCGAACUUGAGGGUUUUUCAACAGUGAAAUACUCUUCCAGUAAAUUUUCGAGAUGCGCCGGAUUGUUCCGGGGCUCAACCUUAUUUUCAAAAAAUAACAUCUCAAGAUUGAGUACAAAUCAUCCAAUUUUUAAAAGAGUGAGACAUUAGUAUAGACAACUUUUGCAUGGUAGAUGCCCUACUUCUCUUCAUCGCUCUUUAUCGCUCUGCAACAUCUCCUCUCCUCCUUAUUGUUGUUUAAUAAUCAAUAAUGGCACCACCCAGUAGUAUCCUUCUAUGCGACGACGUCUUAGGCCGGUUCUUUAAUAAUCAAUAAUGGCACCACGCAGAAUCCUCCUAUGCGGCGACGUCUUAGGCCGGUUCAAUAUCCUUUUCAAGCGACUCACAUCUGUGAGUAAGUCUAAUGGCCCUUUGGACGCCCUGCUCUGUGUGGGUCAGUUCUUCCCCAACAACGCCGAAGAAGUCGAGGAGAUGAUGCGUUAUAUACGUGGGGAUGAACCAGUUCCAAUCCCCACUUAUUUUAUUGGUGAUUAUGGAGCUGUUGCCUUGAAGCUCUUCUCAUCUGCUGCUUCCCAAUAUGGAUUUAAAACUGAUGGGAUAAAGAUUUGUGAAAACCUUUUCUGGCUAAAGGGAAGUGGGAGAUUUACCCUUCAUGGUUUGUCUGUAGUUUACUUAUCUGGCCGACACUCGUCAAAUGAUCAACUAAUCGGAGCAUGAAAUGAUGAUGACAUUGAUGCAUUGCGUGCUUUGGCUGAAGAACCUGGGAUAUUUGAUCUUUUUCUAACAUAUCCUUAUUGAUGCAAACACAACAUCUAUUGCAUGCUUGGAUCUUGAUAAAGUUCCAAGAGAUUCGGCUUUAUUUGUUUUUUUUUUGAAAACUAUUCUUAUUUUAUUUUAUUUUAUAUAUAAA